AUGGAUGGUGAUAAUAAUAAUCGGAGGUACCCUUGUACCCGCAUAAAAUUACGUGAGGUGUUGGAUGAUCCUUCAACGGAUUCAGUAGUUUCGUGGGGCGAAAGCGGGAAGAGUUUCAUCAUUUGGGAUGAAUCUGAGUUUCGCAGACUUGUUCUUCCAAAAUUCACGAUACAUAAGAAGAUGGACCCAUUCCUUUACCGGCUUAAGAGGAUGGGCUUUAAGAAGAUUAACUCGGAGCAUUGUGAAUAUGGAAACGAUUCUUUUGUGAGAGGACAGCCUGACCCUGAGCCUGAGCCUUCAACAGAAUUCUCGUCAUCAUCGAGACUGGAGGAGGCCAUCUUGGCUUUACAGAAUAGGAAACUCGAUGAGGCCAUGUUGGCUUUCGAGCAAAGAAGAGAAUAUCAAAAGCGAUUUCCGUAA